AUGAGUGGCAACAACGGACCCGGAGCGGGGGAUCCGCCCUCUUCUCCUUCUGCUCCUUCGACUCAGGAGCCGUCCGUUUCUCGGCAUUUGCCGAACGUUACAGCAGCAACAGCAGCUGCAUCACAAAGAGAAACCACACUAGCCGAGAAUGCUGAAACAGGAAGGAAAACGGGAGGACUUUCAACAGCUGCAGCUGCUGCAGUAGAGAGAACGGCAGCACAAGCCGCUGCUGCCCAAGCAGCCGCUUCCUCUGCAAAAGGAGCAGCGGCUGCUGCCCAGGCUGCUCUCGCUGCCGGUGUAGUGGCCCACCGUGUCGCUCUAGCUCUGGAAGCUGCCGCAACUGCAGCGGCUGCUGCUGCCGAUGCUGCAGCUCAAGUAGCAGCAGCAGCAACUCGCCAAGCUGCGGAGAAGUCAAGUAAUGCUAUUGCUACGGCCGCUCAACGAUGCCAGGAGGCAGCUGCUUCCGCGGCUUCCUCAGCAGUUGCUGCUUUUUCAGCAGCAGCAUCAUCAACCGCUGACUCCAUCGCUUCAACUGCUGCUGCAGCUCGUGCUGCGAUUGGAGAAGUCACAGGCGCAGCAACACAGAGACUAAUAGAAGCUGCCAAAGCUUUCGAAGAUACGAUUGCAGCAAAGACAGCUGCUCUGGAGAACGCUUUGCUUUGGAGGGAAUCUGCCAAGUCCCCUGAUAGCGAAGGCAGCAGGAGCCGCCGCAGCAGCAGCAGUAGCAGCAGCAGCUUCUUCGGAUACCGGCGUCGCAGUUCCUCGCAGCUGAGCAGCAGCAGCAGCAGAAGUCAAAGCGGAAGCAGCAGCACUGGCACCGUCCCACGAAAAGACAGUGUCGAUGCAAUUGUUGCUGCUGCUGCAGCGGAAGCAGCAGCUUGCGAGGCUCUCGCGAAGCAGCAGCUGAACUACCAGUACGAGGGCAGUGGUUCCUAUAGUCCCUCCGGGUCAGAUACUCCCGCUAUAGCAGCGCCGGCAGCAGAGGGGGAAGCAGUACCAGCAACAAGACAAACAAGAACAGCAGCGAACGGAACAGAGGCAAACCUCAAAGUUUCAUUACUGGCAGCGACAACAGAUUGCCCUUCUUCACCAGCGCCGGAAGCGGCAGCACCACCAAACACAGCAGAGCUAGCGCCGCCAGAGCCGUGUGAAGAUACGGAGGACAAACAACCGCAGCAGAAAAUGCUGCAGACCCAAGCCAGGCACACCUCUGCCCCUCCGCCUGACCUGAACGAACUGCAGGAGUACGAGCACUUGGAGGUGCAGCAGCACGAUCUGGGGGACAGGGAUGCGAAGGAGUUGGGCAGACAGAAUAUAUCUGGAGACGGGGGAAACUGCAGUGAGGGCAGUGGCAGUAAGAUGAGCAGCAGGGGCGGUGACGUGAAUAGUAGCAGCAGCAGGCCCCCUUGCGAACUUGCGGGGACCUCCUGCAGCAGCAGACUGCAGUAUAGCGGUGCAUGUGAAACGAGAAGCAAAACUGAUAACAACAGCAGGAGAAGGGAAUCUCGGUCUCUGCUGGAGUGUAGACUUGACGAAUUUCUUGAACAGUGCACUGCAAGCCAGUCAGACGGUCCUGCCUGCAGCUGCAGCAACUGCAGCAGCAGCCAAGGGGUGUCAGGCCUGCUUCCGUUCAGUUUGCAUCGGCCACACACACUGACACGAUUCGCCGGACUGGAGUUAGCUGCUUCUACACUGGAACAGCCUGAAGAUUUCACUCUCCUUCUUGAAGUGCUGGAGAGUCUGCAGGAGGGAGAUAUGUUGAGUUCCUUGCUUCUGUUACGCAUCACGGGAUACAGAAACGCUGAUCUGAUGCCCUCUCUUUCCCCCGAACGACAACGCCGCAUCCGUGAGCUGCAACAGUCAGCUACUGCUGAGUUCCGCUCUCUUCGCUGUGAAGCGCCAGGUGCUUUUGCUGCCACCGAAACUGCGGGGCAAACAAGAGGGAGGGAAGCUACUAUCAAGAGAAGCAUGCAAUGCAGCAGCAGCAGAAGCGGGAGCCAUAGAGGCGUCGACAGUAGUGCGAGUGUCAGCAGCAGCAACAGCAGAAGCAGACGAGAAGCGGGAGCCAUAGAGGCGUCGACAGUACUGCAGCGGCUGGAGUUGCUGGCCCCUAGGAUGAGAGAGUACGAGUCAGAACGGGCAUGUGAUGAUGGAAGUAAAGUAAAAGCAACAGGAACUCCCGUUUUCUCGACAUUUAAUCGGGUACUCUCCUACAUCAGCCCUUUCGCUGCACUGGCUCGGACCAUAGGCUUCCAGCUGCUGAACAUUAGGGUGACGGAGCUGCUGCAACAGUGCGAAAAUUGCAGCGGCCAGCUCAUUGUAGAUGGACGAGGAGGAUGCGGGAACUACAGUCGAGGAGGCGAAGACCCCAACACGCAGAAAGGCAACAGAACGCUGCACAUAAGUAGGGAUAGCACUACUGACUGCUGGGAUGAAUCGUCUGUGUCCAAUCCAGAGGAGGAGAACAUCUCCUCUACAAUUUUCAAGAGAACUGUUUGUCUGUCUUGUGAUGGCGUUGAUCCAGCACUUGCUGGCCUUGCUACGACAGCUACUAUGGGCAAGCAGUACGAGUGGCAGCAGUUUGUGCUGGACUCAGCUGUUUUUUCGAGGAUAGAGCAGUUAGCUGAGUAA